GGGAACUACACGGCCUGGCUACUCGGAGACUUUGAAGGAACAUCUUCGGAGACUUUUCCUAUGAAUUUCGGAUAUAUAGAAGAUGAGGCUCUCCCGGCGUUAUCAUGGUUAAGACCGCUAAAUGCAGAUGACAACCUGCGAAACUGUAAGGACUGCAUCUAGAGUUUCGAUACGAGCAUCAGCGACACCUUUAAAUCGCUCCAGCUGGGCGACUAUAUAGAGCUCAAGAUGAAGCAGAAUAACUCAGGACUCAUUCCAAGGCCCAAGACUACAUCGAGGAUAAAUCUACAUAGCCCUAUCCAAAAACCCUAGACUGAUCUACUCAACGUUAUCAACGAUAUACUUAUCAGUAAUAAUGGCCACUUACGACAGAAAUACCGAAGGUCUCGCACUUGUCCACAAGUUUGCUGACCAGGUGAAGGGAAGAACUUUCCUCCUAACCGGCCCUAGUCCUGGUGGCAUCGGUGCCGAGACGGUCACCUCGCUUGCCGCAGAGUCACCAGCUCUACUCAUCCUCGUCGGGCGCUCUCCAGAGAAGGUACAAACCGUCAUCGACACCAUCAAAAAGAUCAACCCUAGUGUUAAGACCAAGUUCGUCCAAGCCGACUUCACCUCGCUUAAGAGCGUCCGGAAGACAGCGCAGGCUAUCCUCGACGACCCCGAGAUCACCAAGAUCGAUGUGGUGAUCAACAACGCGGCCAUCAUGGCGGCUCCUUUCGAGCUGACGGAGGAUAAACUAGAGCUGCAGUUUCAAUCUAAUCAUCUAGGCCACUUCGUCCUGACCAACAAGAUCAUGCCCAAGAUCAUCGCGGCCGGACCUGGCGCAAGGCUCGUCAACCUUACUAGCUCCGGGCACAGAUACGCGGGCGUGCGCUUCGAAGACCCCAACUUCACGCAGCCGGGCUCGUACACGGAAUUCGCGUCCUACGGACAAUCCAAGAGCGCCAACAUCCUCUACACGGUGGGCCUAAAUAAGCGCCUCUCCUCGCGCGGCAUCCGCGCCUUCGCCGUGCACCCGGGCAGCAUCGUGACGAACCUACAGCACUACAUCAAGCAGAUGGACGGCGCGCACCUAGCAUCGAUCAUGGACGAAGCCGUGCAGAAGAUCGCGGGCAGGACGCUCGCCGAGCAGCGGGCUGCCGACCCGUACAAGACGCUGCAGCAGGGCUGCGGAACGACUCUCCGCGCAGCUCUAGACCCGGAUUUGGUCAAGGAGGAGGGUGUCUUCUUGCAGAAUACUAACCUGACGACUGAUCCCAAGGAGGUCAAGGACUGGGCAACGGACCCGGAGCUCGCAGAGAAGUUGUGGAAGUUGAGCGAGGAGCUGGUGGGUGAGAAGUUUGAUAUCUAAGGCUUAAGGCAGGUCCCAGGAUAGUAGAGUAUUAUUGCUGUGUAGAAUUGUAUUGGUAUAGCUGAAAAUGUAACAAUGGAACUUAUAUAUAUAUAAAACUAGCUUUUAUUCUCUACCCAACUUGGGAAAUCUUCUGUUUGUUUCGAGUUUGACUGCCAAAUAGAAGUAAA